AAUGAUUGGAUCACAAAUGAGGUUUAUGUAUAGAUAAAAUAUUAAAAGAGUUGUACAUUUUAUUAAAUAAAAUUCAAGUGAACAUAUAAUACAGUUAUAAUUGGAUAGUAACAAGAACAUUUUCAUAUUAUAAACAAACUUAUUAAACACUUCAUUGUAGUGUUUAUUAAAAUUGGUUCAAAAAUCUCUAUUGCUUAAAAUCUGUAUAUAUUAUUAUUAAAAUCACAGGUACAAAAUUACGGAGCAGAAGUAAAAAAUGGAUUAUUCUAACGGAAAUGAAUUUGAAAUAUCUUAUUUUAGAACGAUAUGGAGUGCUAUUGCAUCUAUUGGGUGGUAUUUAAUUGCAAUUGGAAUCUCAUUUUGGCUUGCAUCUCCUUAUAUUCGAGAGAAAUAUUUAAAUUGGAAACUAAGAAGGGACGAAUUGGAAUAUGCAGCAAAAUAUCGUAAAAAUCCAGAUCUGUUGCAAGCAAGAUUAUUAGGUUUGGAAGCUUCAAGACAAAGGAUGCAAGAGGAAUAUUAUCAGAAAUGUGCCAUGUUAACAGAAGAAAAAGGAAAAGAACAGAAAGAAAAGAUAAAAGAAACAUCAAAAUUGACUUUGGACAGCAAUGUCUUAGACUUUAGACUAGGAAAGAAAAAUAAUGAUUUCACAGAAAAGAAACAUAAGUCAUUAAGAGAAGAAUAUAAUCCAUUAAUGGGUGAUGGUUCUAGAGGAUAUCGACCACCUAAACGUACUUGUUGUGGAAAGGGAGGUUGCGGGUAAUUAUAUGUAAACUUAAUCAAUAGAAUUUAAUAUUCUAUCGAUGAAACAAAAUUAUAAGUAAUUAUUAAAAUAUUACGUUUUGUUAUAAUAAAGUUAUAAACUUAUUAAACAUAAA